AUGGUUGCUGUUUCCUGUUCUGAAUCAGAAUCUCCUUCGGAACUUAUCGCACCAAUCGAUGUUAUUGGUAAUAAGUUCUUCGAUAGUAAGACAGGAAAUCAAUUCUUCAUCAAAGGUAUCGCAUACCAACAUUCAAGAAGCUCAAACAAACAUCCUACUGAAUUUGAAAUGAUCCCAUAUUGGGACUCAUUAACCAAUGCAUCUAUAUGCGAAAGAGAUGUGAAAUACUUGAAAGAAAUUGGCAUCAACACAAUUAGAGUAUACCAAGUUGAUCCGUUAGCUGACCACGAUCAAUGUAUGAAUAUUUUCUUAAGAAAUGGAAUAUAUGUAUUAGCCGACCUAUCGGAGCCGAGUUUAUCAAUUAAUAGAGAGUUUCCAGCUUGGGAUGUAGAUUUAAUUGAGCGGUACACUUCAGUAGUAGAUUCUUUGCACAAAUAUGACAAUGUGCUAGGCUUUUUCGCAGGUAACGAAGUAACAAAUUCCAAUAACAGCAUAGGUGCUUCUCCGUUCGUAAAAGCGGCGAUAAGAGACAUUAAGGCAUACAUGAAAAAUAAACGUUAUCGUAAAAUCCCAGUCGGUUAUGCGGCUAGUGACAACGCCGAUAUUAGACACGUCCUUUCAAGCUACUUUAUCUGCGAUCGUGAAGAAGAUCGAACGGAUUUCUUCGGAAUCAAUAUGUAUGAAUGGUGUGGGUAUUCUUCGUACCCAACCUCAGGUUAUCGAGAGAGAACAGAAGAGUAUAAAAAUUUCCCUGUACCAAUAUUUUUUAGUGAAUAUGGCUGUAAUGUUGCGAAACCAAGACCUUUCACUGAAGUUGAGAGUUUAUAUGGGCAACAGAUGGCGAAAGUGUGGUCUGGAGGGAUUGCUUACCAAUAUUUUCAAGAAGAAGAACACGAUGGCUUAGUGAAGGAAAACUCAGAUGGAUCUUUGACUAUCCUUGACGAUUUUUAUAAUUUCAAAAAUAGGUUAAACUCUAUUUCAGUUCAAGGAAUACACAAAAAUGAUUAUGACAUAGCGUUUCUAAACUCUUCUUAUGACGAGAGGGAAAAUCAUUGGUAUGCAUCAAAUUCUCUACCUGAGAAACCGGAUUCCAGUAAGUGCGAAUGCUUGCAAUCUACUCUUAGUUGCAUUCUUACGCCCUACAUGGAGGUCCACGAGACUUCAAUUUUGAAUGAACUUUGUUCAGUUAUUGAUUGUUCAGAUAUUGAAGCAGAUGGAUUGAAAGGUAAAUAUGGAAGAUUUUCGGAUUGUAGCAUCAAGCAGAAGAUAUCUUAUGCAUUAAAUAAGCAUUACUUGACAAAUGAUAGAAGAAGAGCAUCUUGCGAAAUGAGCGGAAGAGGCAUACUAGUGACUAAUAGCGGUGAGAUUGACUUAGCUAGCAUAUAUGCAGGAGAUGGACGAACUUGUCAAGAAGCAAUAGGUGACGCAAUGAACUAUGAGAAAGAGAAACACAACCAAAGAAUCAAGAACUAUUUAAAGCCGAUUCAAUACAUUGUACCAAAAAGUAACUUUCAUAGUUGGGCUAGGAAAAAUGUAGCCCAGUCUGGGGCCCCAUUGACAUCAUUUCCUCAUUUAAACAAUCUUUGGCUCUUCAUGGGAAUAUUGUUUGUAGUAAUGUGA